ACCGCCUUUUGCUAUUAUACCACAGCGUCUCAGCCCUCUCCAGUCAUGGGCCGCCGUGCCACAAAUUUUGAUGUGUCCAUUGGGAUAGACGGUGAAGACAAUGUGCAUGACCUACCUGUGGAGAUGAGUGACCGUCAGAUUCUUGUUGCCAAUGACGGCCGCAGUCUGCGGUGGACCCACCAGAAUGUCACAUACAAGAAACGACAAAUCCGCCUGAAUCCUGAAGACCUAAGCGACUCUCUUGCUCAGUGGGUCCCCGCAGCGGCACCAUUAGAGCUAUCUCAGGAGCUGGAAGAGACAUUGGAGAUGGUAGAUGGCACCCGGAAACGGCGAUACUAUCAAAGCUCAGACGAUCCCAUGGCCGAUUUCCGCCAGGAGGCGGAGAUUUAUUUGGCAGAGAUGCUCAGGAGUGCUGGGUUAGGCGAGGCUAUUGAGGUGACGCUGAUGUGUGUGGGAUGCAACUGCGUGCUGAGCACGGACGCGGGAAGCAUUUGGCGCUGCAAUGACUGCGGCGAGAGCCUCUCUUGCCGGUCUUGUUGCUUGAAACGACACGCUGCAUCGCCGUUGCAUCAGAUUGAGGCAUGGUCCGGUCUCUUCUGGGAUCAUACAAGCCUCCAGGAUAUGGGUCUCGUCUACCAGCUUGGAUACCAUGGCUCAUCGUGUCCAUUCCCUGACCCUCAUUUACGCACUAUGACUAUUCUUGACAUCAACGGCAUCCAUCACCUCUCAUAUCAACGCUGCAACUACGACCCGACUUCGACAGACCCAGACACCUGCGCGACCUUCCGGUGUCUGGACUGGUUCCGCGCUGCCACUGUCAUUGGCUGCAUGAACGGACAGGACUUUGUGCGCACGCUGGAAGAGAUGACGCACGCAAUGGCAGGAACUGGCAUGGUGGAGGUCCCGGGCCGGUAUAAGAGUUUCCUCCAAAUGUCACGCAAAUACGCACAUCUGCUACGUGCCAAGCGCGCUGGUCGAGGUCAUGAUGUAACCGGAUUGAAGGGUACUACGGAGGGCGAGUGCGCUGUUAGGUGUUGGGCGUGUCCUAUCGAAGGCCGUAAUCUACCGGAGGGAUGGCGCAACGUGGAUCCUCAGCAGGCGUACCUGUACCGUCUGACACUUGCCAUCGACGCCAACUUCAAGCUGAAGAAUCUGAUCCGUGCUAACGAGCGGGAUGAUCCACCUCUUGGGCCGGGCUGGGGCUCAUGGGUUGAGCCAAAGAAGUAUCAGGAGCAUCUACGAGGAUACGUCAACGAGAAAGAUAUAAGCUCCUGUAUUGGUUUCGCCGCCCUGGCGCAGAAGGACAACAAGAACACCGUUGGCCUCCGUGUAUCUGGCAUUGGAGGAUGUGUCUGCGCUCGUCACGAAUCCGUGCGGCCCAAUGGUCUAGGCGACCUACAGAAGGGAGAGCGGUAUGCAAACAUGGACUACAUAGUCAUGUCAUCGCUACGUGGCUUCAGUGGCAAGCAGCUGGUUUUCUCAUACGAUAUCGCCUGUCAGUGGGGCGCGAACUUGCUCGCACGGGUUGAACAAUUGCCCCCAGAGCUUCAGCUGGACUUGCAGAAGUUCUGGGUACGCUAUGGGCUACCUGUCUGGCAUGCCACAGCACACGAGAGCGCAUGCACAAACCGAUUCAGCCUCAGCUUCAUCCCGGGCAUGGGCAAGACCGACGGCGAGGGCAUUGAACGACUGUGGGCUGAGUUGAACGCAUUUGCUUAUCACACCAAGACAAUGGGCCUGGGGCAUCGUGCUGACACCUUAGACGACAAAAUAAACUAUCACAACUUCACCAAGAACUUGGGACAAGCCGACGCCCUUCUCCGCAAGCUCAUGAUUGCUGAGGCAGAGCGCGCUAAGCAGGUGGAUAGCUUCAGAGAAGUCGAUCACACCGUGAAGGAAACAACACGCAAGAUCUGGCAGGACCCCAUCACCGCAUUCGAGCUUGAUCCGGUCAAUGCUGCAACACCGUAUAUGACAUUCGUGGCAGCGGGUCCAACAGAGACCGAGGUUGCGGUGCAGCUCAAAGAGAAGGAGCAGGCUGAGCUCGCUGCAGGCUUGGCUCCUCUGCAUGGCACGAGCGCGACCGCCUUUCUCACAGCGGGUCUCCAGCUUGAGGAAUGGCAACGCCGCAUCAUGAGCACUCUCUCCGGAAUCAUCAAGAUCACGCCCCAUGUCGAGAACAAAGUCCAGGACUAUCGUAUGAGCUGGCUGUCAAAGCUCCGCCCCUAUCGCUCGCUCCAGGCGAUCUACAUGCCGGCGGCGGUCAGAGCGCUGGAGGCCGUGGAGGCUGGUCGUAGCGAUAGCGAUAAUGCGGUUGCGGUCAAGGCCAAGAACAUCCCGCUGUUCUUGCCCUCAGCAUUGGCGCAGGAGGAGCGGGACACGGGUUGUCUGCGGGGUGUGGUCAGUAUGGAGGCAAGAUUGCGGGAGACACAAUGUGAGGACUCGCUCCGUGCUCUUCGUAAACACCUGCACGCCAAGCGUCACAUGUGGUUCUGGCGGCUGAAGGACGACAACGGUCAGAGGGCAGGGACACGCGCAAACAGCCUCGCCAAGCAGCUGGCUGGACGUAUUGAUGCCGUGGCUCGAAAGUACAGGGCUGCAUGGCAGGCUCUUGUGGCUUUGAAGGGCACCUCUCAUGCUACCCAUUUCAAGGAGCUCCAAGAGCAGGAUAUCAUCCUUGACGACAUGGAUGAACCCGACUGUAAGGGCAACUGUCAUAACUUGACUCUUUUUUCAUCUUAUCAUCGGCGAUCUUAUCUUAUCUUGGCACGACUUAUCUUAUCACGGAUCACGGCAUCAGACGCACACGAAUCCACCAUUUCGUACCGAUUCCCAUCGUCAUCUGGGAGUCCAUCCCCUCCCCCCAUCAUACCAUCGUCGCCCGAUCUGGCGCAUCAAAACCAACCCGGACCCUCCAACCCCUACCUCGCCCUUCCGCCGCCUGAAGACGAGUUCCCCGACCUUGGCGAGUUACCCUCCGAACAACCACCCUCGCCCCCACCUACCGCACCUGCUCCUGUCAUGUCCGGACAUCACCGCAUCACCCUCGCCGCCAACCCCCCCUACUUCGAUGGCGACAAGUCCAAGUACCUGGGCUUUGUGGAUGCGUGCACCACUUACAUUGGUGCCUAUCGAUCAGAAUUCUCACUGGACGAGACAAAAAUCCUCUUCGUCCUGUCCUACCUCCGCAAUGAGAGCGGCACAAGCUGCGCCGCCUCAAGAUGGGCGAUGAACUGGAAGCAGCACAAUUUCGAGGGCUUCCAAGGACUAAAGGCGGGGGUCACCGCGACAAGCUUCUUGGAGGAGCUUCAGAGGGCCUUUGGGGAUUCUAACGCAGAGCAAGUCGCUGCCGCCCGACUCAUGGCCCUUCGCCAGGGCAGACGGUCCUUCGCGGACUACAUCUCCGACUUCGAAAUGCUGGCUGCAGACGCGGGGUACAACGUGGUCACCUCCACCGACAGCAAGGGCGAGUACAAGAAGGGGGAACAGGACAAUAUCCUCAUCGAGUUCCUGGAGCGCGGACUCAGCAGUGAAAUCGCAAGCCGCCUCUACAACACUGGCGUUCCCCUGCCCAAGGCAUAUGGUGCCUUCAAGAACUGGUGCGUCAACAUCGAGGCCAAUGCCUUGCGCAAUCAGCUGCGUAAGGCCUCCUAUACGCACUCGACUCCACGGCCUCCUCCCCAAUUCCGCCCUCAGGCAGCACCAGCGGCGCCCACGCCUGCUCCGACCCGACCGGCUGCCAACGAACCGGUCCCAAUGGAAAUCGAUUGCACCCAUGCCCGCGGCCGCAAUAUCAUCUGCUACAACUGUCAGCAGCCUGGGCACAUUGCGCGGAACUGCCCGGAACCAAGGAAGAAGCGCACAUUCUUCAAUCGGGCCACGAUGCUAGAAGAAAUCGAGAACGGGGACAAGGAUAACGAGUUCCUCAAGGAGAUUGCCGAGAAGCUGCGUGAGAAGGGUUUUUGA